CAUAAACACAACGUGUUUUCAAAACUAAUGUAAAUAUUAAUAAAAAUAAUCACAUUUUGAGUCAUUUGUCGAUACUAUGAGUGCAAUAAAGCGUAACAAAUCGGUKACUAAUCGGCCAAAUGAGGCCAAAGUGGUCACCGAUUUGAGUGAACUGCUGGCCAUUAGUGACAAAUCGGAGAGAGAAAAGUCUUUUAAUGUUUUGGUCAAUCAUUUACUUCUUAAUAAAUGUUUUGCAGACAAAUGUCACGAUUUGGUACAACUGUUGUCACAAUUGGCCACUGAUUUGGUCCGAUGGCAGACAUGCGAUAAGUUAAUCGACAAAUUGUUACAAGAAUUAAAUGUUUGGACCAUUGAUGACAAAGAAGUAUACGCCAAGUACUUCCACGUGAUAUCCGAAGCAAUCAAUUUGAAACCAUUCAAAUGUCCACAACUUCUUGAGACUAUUGUUUUACAGAAGUUUAACGGAUUGUCAAAAUUCAAAGACGAGACACAAAUACAACCGCAAGAGUUAACAAUGUUUGAUGAAAUGCAUUCACUUUUAUCACACAUAAAGAUCGCAAAGUUUGAACACACGUUCUUGAGAUGUAUUGACCGCAAGUUUCCCUUUUUGUCACACAUUUCUUGUGUCCAUUCAUUUCAAUGUUUUGUUUAUAAUGUUUUUAAAGUCUAUGACUAUAUAACAGCCAAAUAUAAACAUAAAUUGUUGUCUUUGAUCUUUGAGAAGAUCAUUGAAAUGGAUAUUGCGGUCACUUCUGAUAAAAACAAAAUAACUGAAGACGUCUUCAUUAUUGAUGACUGCAAUACUGCCAUGAAAUCAAUACAGACAACUGUUUUAGACAAUACAUUACAAAUAUUAUUUGAUUUUAUCGAAAAUAAAGUAACCAAUAAUACUAAAGAUGAAAAUGAAGAACUAUUUGAUAUAAUUAAGUUGUUGUUUCCUCAAGAUAUCUUGCAAAUGGUCUCUUGUAAUCAUUUACAAUACGURUGGCUUUAUUUGUGUUAUCUUUCCAAUCAGUUUUUUGAUCAAUUUAUUGAUUAUCUUUGGGAUUUGGGACAUAAUAAUGAAGUGUCACUCGAUAUCCGUGAGAAAUGUUUGUAUUUCAUGAGUUCUUUAUUGAAAAAUGCAAACUUUGUGGCCAUCGAUACAGUGAUGACAUUCAUGAAUAUGUGUACCGUUUGGUUACAUAAAUAUAUUGAACAAAAUGAUAGAUCAGUUGAUCAAUUGACAACUGAAGAUACUAUAUUUUAUAUAAUAUGUCAGAUAUUAUUUGACACUUUCUGUUCAAUUCAUUCAGAUUUGGAUAAUCUUAGUCUCAGAAGAGUUAAAGCAAUGAAUUUUCAGCGAAUAAUUAAAUGCAAAUUAAAUCCAUUGGCUGUCUGUCACCGGGAGAUUGAGUCUAACUUUUUGUCGUUAGCCCGACAUUACCAGAUUGGUUACACCGCACAGAAUGUCGACUCCAGUGAUGAUCGACUCAAAUAUCCUGAAGAUGUUUUGCACAGCGGAUCUUAUGUUUGUCCAAAAUCAAUGACAAGACUUCAAGAUUAUUGUAAACAUUCUAUCAAUUCUUGCGAUAACUCAGUGAAAGACACAAACGAUAGGUUAAAUCGUUUCAAUACCAGCGAUGACAGCGACCAUAUGUUUGGUUCUUAUAAAAUGAGUUACUCUCCAUCCAAGACUCUGUGGCAAAAUCUUUUAAGCGAUUCGUCACCAAAUGAUCAUCAAAUGGAUUGCGAUUAA